GCGUCAAUUGUCAAAAUAAAUGCCGACUCGUGUGUCAUAUCAGAGUGGAACUCGAAUAAUAAAUAAAUUACAAUUUUACAAUUGCAUUUAAGACGAAUAGAAAAAGAUAAUAUAGCUUAAACAAUGGCAGAUGUUUUGGAUAUAGAUAAUGCUGAAGAGUUUGAAGUUGAUGAGGAUGGAGAUCAGGGUAUUGUCCGCCUUAAAGAGAAAGCAAAACACCGCAAGGGUAGAGGAUUUGGCAAUGAAACAACGACGCGCGAAGCUAUUCAUCAAUAUGAAAGGGUACGUCACGAGGAUGAGGAUGAACUAGAACCCGGUCCUCAACGGUCAGUAGAAGGUUGGAUUCUUUUUGUCACAAAUAUCCACGAAGAGGCACAGGAAGACGAGAUACAAGAGAAAUUUUGUGAUUUUGGAGACAUCAAAAACAUUCACUUGAACUUGGAUCGCCGAACGGGUUUUUCCAAAGGAUAUGCUUUGGUGGAAUUCGAAACACACAAACAGGCUUUAGCUGCAAAGGAUAAUUUAAACGGCGCCGAAAUUAUGGGUCAAGCCAUACAGGUUGACUGGUGCUUCGUCAAGGGACCUAAACGUUUGAAAAAAUCUUCGGACAAAAGACGCCGUUAGGAUUAUUUGCUCAUGAACUGUAUUUUCACAUAUAUGAUUUAAGUCCGCGCUUUAUUCCUCUUCCCAUAUGAAUCUACAAUUGAAAUGACCAAAAUAAAAUUAAAUAAUUUUAUAGGUACUCACGCAACGUAACAACCCAAGGAAAUGUCGCAAAUAUAGUUAAUUUAAAAAGACUCAUAACAUGAAUUUUUGAACAAAUAAACAAACAACAUUUCAGCAAUGUUAUUAUGAUAAAA